CUAUCUGCAGCCCUGUUAUUAUCGAGGUGCCACACUUUGCCUCCCUGCGUGGCAAGGAGCGUGAGAUUGUGAUCCUUCGCUCAGACAAUGGAGAGACCUGGCGUGAACAUACACUGGAGGCCACUGAGGAAGCUGUGCAGGAGGUCUUGAACGAGAGCUUCGAUGGUGAAGAGUUGAAGCAACUAGAGGACCUCAACACCAACCGCAUCACACGCAUCCUCACAACUGACUUCCCACAGUACUUCGCUAUUGUUACACGCAUCCGACAAGAGGUCCAUGCCAUCGGACCUGAGGGAGGAAUGGUGUCAUCAACAGUUGUACCACAGGUCCAGGCAGUGUUCCCCCAGGGAGCCCUCACCAAGAAGAUCAAAGUGGGACUCCAGGCUCAGCCAAUUCCAACCGACUUGGUGGCUAAGCUUCUGGGCAACCGCGUUGCUGUGUCUCCGAUUGUCACGGUGGAACCACGUAGACGCAAGUUCCACAAGCCCAUCACCCUGACCAUCCCAGUCCCACAAGCUUCCAGUAAGGGCAUGAUCAAUCAGUACUCAGGCGAGGCACCCACCCUACGUCUUCUCUGCUCCAUCACUGGCGGAACAACCCGCGCUCAGUGGGAGGACGUGACGGGCUCAACACCUCUCACUUUUGUCAACGAUUGCGUCAGCUUCACCACCACUGUCUCCGCCCGCUUUUGGCUCAUGGAUUGUAGUAACAUACCUGAGGCUACCAAAAUGGCCACUGAGCUAUAUAGGGAGGCCAUCCAUGUACCAUUUAUGGCUAAGUUUGUAGUCUUCAGCAAGAGACAUCAGCUGGAGGAGGCAAGAGUGCGGGUGUUCUGUAUGACGGAUGACCGAGAGGACAAGACCCUAGAGCAGCAGGAGCUCUUUGUUGAGGUUGCUAAAUCACGAGAUGUUGAAGUGUUGGAGGGUAAGCCUCAGUACCUUGAAUUUGCUGGCAACUUAGUUCCAGUCACUAAAUCAGGGGACCAGCUUGCAUUCAACUUCUAUGCCUUCCGUGAAAACCGCCUUCCAUUUACCGUACGUGUGAAGGAUCAACAUGCAGAUCCCAUUGGAAGGGUGGCCUUCAUGCGACAGCCCAAGGUUGGGCGUGGUGACCCCCCUCAGACCCCCAUCUGUAACCUGAACAUUGCCCUGCCUGACAACAUCCAGCCUGAGCCUGCGCCCUCAGAACCUGACCUCCUCGCCCUGGAGAAGAAAUACUCCUUCCUCUCCAUUAGCAAAGCUGACACCAUCCACAAAGCUGACCUACGUCUCACAGACAUCUCUAACAUGCUUGGAACUGACUGGGUUGGCCUAGCCCGGGAAUUGGAGAUUAGUGACUCUGAUAUUAACAUCAUCAAAUCUCAGUACCCAGAUAAUGCCCCAAAACAAGCUAUUGUCAUGCUCAGACUUUGGAUGCAGACAUCGGGGAAUAAGGCAAAUGGUAACACUCUUGAGAAGGGACUGCGUAAGAUUGGCCGUGAUGACAUUGUGAACCAGUGUAUAUUUAACGUUGAACUGGUCACUGAUGACAUUGAAAGAGCAAUGGCCAAGGCUCAUCUAGACCAGUCUGGCUUCGAUGCUUUCCGCUAUGAGCUAGGACCAUCAAGAGACACCACACUCAAUCGAGAUGUCUCCCUUGAUGUUUCAUAUGAUGAGCAAGAUAUGAUGAAAGAAGCGGAAAGUGCUGAAGAAGAGGAAGAAAACCAAAGAAGUUACCAGGACAAGACUCGUCGAGAGCAGCACACAGCCGACAUGUCCCCAACCUACGAGAGUGAGGAGAAGAAAUAUGCUGGGGAAGAGAAGAUUGUCACUGAGGAAAAGAUAACAAAGGAGGAAAUGAAAGAUGGUUCUGCUGUUACUGUAACAACCACUACUACUUCUGUGGUUGCAGAGCCUGUCACUGAGUCCAAGAAGGAAGCUAAGGAUGAGACAAUAAUCACUGAAAAAGUGGUUCAGGAAGACCAGAAGGCUCCUCCAGCAAAGGAGACAGAAAAAGUGGAAGAUAAAGUGCCUAAACCUGAAAAGAAGGAAGAAAAGCCAAUUGUCUUGGACAAGGCAGAAGAGAAGGUAGUGGAAAAGGUUGAGGAAGUAGUGGUGGAGCAGAAAGUGGAGGAGAAGCCUGUAGUUAAGGUUGUAGAAAAGUCUGCUGAAGUUGGUGAGAAGGCUAAGGAUGCAUCAGAAAAGUUAGAGGAGAAGGCCCCAGAAGUCCCCCCUGCCUCACUGGAUGAGGCUCAGAAGGCUGAGACAACGACCGCGACAGAAGUCAUCACGGGCCCAGAUGGUACUACCACUUCCUCCACUACGACCACAACUGAAAGAAGAUCGUUCACCACUGGAGAUGAUGGCACUGUUAAAGAACAUAUUGUUAUUGAGAAGAAAACCACUUCCUUUGUUGAUGGAAUGGAGAAGGGUGAAGACAAGUCAGAGAUCCUUCUAAAACUUGGAGAGGAGCUAGGCAGACUGGAUGAGCAGUUGGAGGAGAGAUUCAAGGAGAAGAGAAAAGCAGUUGAACCUGAAGUGGCACAAGAAGAGGUGAGAGAGACUACAGUUGUGGCAAAGCGUCGUGAGGGUCAGGCCGAACCCACCUCACAGGUUGUGGUGGAACAUAGCCACCAGCCAACCACUCUCUCUGCCACCAUCACCAGUACUACCACAACUACAAGCAUCACUCCCACCCCAGAUGGGUUCACUCAGGCGUCUGUCGAGUCUAGGCAGAUGUCCUCUACAGGAGGCACCACUGAAGUGAGCACGAAGGGCACAGACAUCACUACUACACAACCUGUGAUUGGUGAUGAAACUGUGAUGCAGAUGGGACAAGCCUUAAUCCAGCAGAGGACGUCCCGGCCCGACAGCAGAAGGGCAGCCCAGGAUGUGCUUCAGUGGGACACACCUCUAGAAGACAGUGCUUACAAGAAACGACUGGAAGACGGUAAAGAGCAGGUGCUCUCCGAUGACUCCACAAAGGCUGGGCAUACAGAGGAACGUGGAUGUAGUCCAAUAACUGUGCUGGAGGCACGACCUGAAGGGGACCAUGUGGCAACAAGGCCUCGAUCAAGGGCUGGCUCCCACACCAUUACCACCACUACAAGCUGGGGAGCACCAGUAACCACCACAACCAGCAUAGAAGUUGAUGAUGAUCAAUCUGCUCGCUGUCUACAAUUGACUCUACACUCAGAGAGUCGUGUUACAUUACAUGCUCCUGGUGGUGUUUGGGAGGGGUUACGUGGUGUUGAACAGCAGCCGGAACACCAAGAUAAAGAGCAGCAGCCACAUGAAGACAAACAUGUGGGAGACAAUGAUGUUCCAGCAGAGGCAUCACCUGAUGCAGGGCCUGUACAUAAGAGUGAAGGAGAGACAUUAACAGAACAGGAUUUCUAUGGCAAUAUCCACCAAGCUAAAGAUGCUCAUGAAUUAGAAAGCAAAGUACAAAUAAAGAAAUCUGAAUUUAGUCUUAGUCAAGGAGCAGAUGCUAUAGUAUCAAGCUCAGUAGAAGUUAAUAGCACUGAAGCACCAACCUAUGAUCUUAUAGCAAAGGAAAAAAUAACAGAAGAUAUUGUUUUAGAUAGCAGUAAGAUAAAUGAAGAUAUCCAGCUUCCAUCCAGUACAGGUGCUCCUGAUGUCCAAGUAGAUUUAAGUAUGGAUGAAGUUCAAAUGCCAAUACUAAGCAGUAUAAAAGACAGUAUACCUGAAGGUUCAGUUCCAGAGACUGGAAGUGUACCUUCAUCUAGCAAAAUUAGUGUAUCAGCUGAAGAGAUUGAUAUUGCACAUGAAGAUAAUGCCUUAUCAGCAGAAUCAGUCAGCUCUGAUAAGGAAUUAGGAGAUUCAGCUACAGUAGAAAUUGCAAACAAAGUAAUGGCUGAGUCAGCACAAGAUGUUUUAGAGAUUGCCUCUCAGCCAUUAUCAGAUGAAGAUUUAGAAAGUGUCUCACCUUCAUAUGAUAUUAAAGAAACAGAAUGUGCAAUCCCUGUAGUAUCAGGUGAUGACUCUGCCUCUCUAGUAAGUGAAGCCACAGCACCAUCAGCACACCGUCCAACGACUUUGAUGAUAACUUCGAAUUCAAACGAAUCAACUGACGAUGCAGAAUGCACGGCGAACGACCUUACCAAGCUUGGUAGGGAAGACGAUAUCCCAAAGGAACUGAAGGAAGAAACAAGUGUAACUGAAGUGGAACACUUAGAAGAAUUAGGGAUGGGAGAGCUGGCAGUAAGUGAACGGCCUCCUGGAAGUGAGAGUGGCGCUGUGCCUAGGCCAGAGCGUCCUGCACGACCAGCACCUCGAACAACAACCUUGGUUAAGGUUAAAGUUGAGAAGAGGCCUAUUACUAGCCACCUUUUAGUACGGGAACGAUCCGUCCAUGAACACCAGCCAACAGUCCAUGUACCUUCAGUUGAAGAAGAAGUGCGUGGACUUAUGCAAGAAGUAAAAGAAGCAACUAGUCAAAUUAAGCAAGAAGUGAAGGAACUGCGGCAGGCAGACACACCUACUCCUGAUACCCCAACACCUCUAAGGGAAUUCAAAGAAUUCCUAAAUAGGGAAGAAGAACAGGAGCUGGAACGCUUGCCAACAAUCAAGGAGAUGUGUCGUGAAAGUGAGGAAGAUGCAUCUGGUACAGUAGGAGGGACCCAUGAGGCAACCCAGAUUGCUGAGCAUCAAACGACCACUGUCUCACAGGAACAAGCCUCCUCCGGACUCCCCACUCCGGGCACCAAGGCAGGCUCAGACGGUGUCCUUCAUGGUGGUUGUCCUGAAGCACAAGGCAUGGACUGGGAGGGGAAAAGUGUAGACAGCAUGUAUACUGAAACUGUGGUGCAGGCUAGAAUCUCCAUGCUCCCUGCGGUGGACACCAGCGAGGGUGUCGCCCCUACCUCCUCUCCUACCACUACCCUUCCCUGCGCCAGUCCUCAACCCUCAACUUCCCCUCACACGGACUUGACCUUCCAAACCUACGACCUGACACAACGGCCUCCCUAUUCCCACCUAAACCUGGAACCUUCCCAUCUGCAUGAAUCUCAUCUUGUCGAACCUCAAAGUUUCGACAUAUCUCCAUCUUCUGUCACUAAAUUAUCUGAUCCUCUCUUCUUAGAAAAAGGCUUUACAAGUGCUACUGAAGGUCUUUCCAAACUUGUAACUUCUCCCUCAGCUGCUUCUUUACAGUCUGAAAGUGCUGCUCCAUAUACUGGGACUGAUGACAUGGCAGCUGCCAGUGUCACUUAUAAUACAAGUAGUGCUGUGUUGUCUAUAGGUCCAGUCUCGCCCACUGAAGACUCCAGUGAGGAUCAUGCAGAGAUUGAUCGCACAAGUACUGAACUUUCUCCAGACAGUGUAAGGUUUGAGCAAGAUAUGUUAGAGACAAGGACCGAGGAUGAGGCCCCAGAUUUAGAUGAUGAUAUGAUGGCAGGGUCACCUGUGUUGGGGCCAGAGUUAAGUGAAAGAGUAUUUUCUGUGGAAGCCACAGAAGAUACAGACAUCACAACACCUAUGGAAAUGCGUGACUCUCACACUGAGCGUGAUGCUACUGCUUCAAACUUGGAAUCCGUUGAUGAUAAAGAAGGCACUGAGGGAAAGUCAGACCUUAAAGACCAGUGCUGGGAUACUGAAGAUAAUAUCACAUGUUUAGCCCAAGAAACAGCUGAAAUUCAUAGUAGAGUAAUAAAACUCCAAGAAAAGGUUCAGGCUCAAGAAGUUGACCUAACCACAGCAAAAUCAGAGGCCGAAUUAAUACUCAAUACAGUAGCAGACAUAAGAGAGGCUGUUAGUAAUGGGAAAGGUGAAUCAGAUGCACAGAAGAGCCAAAUGGCACAAGAUAUACUUGACAGUAUAUCAUCUAUAUCAGAUACUGUUGCUAAAAUAAUACAGAACCUCAAUCCAUCAGAUGUAGAAACUUCAUCUUUCUUAAUGAAGGGAAAAACUGGAGUGACAAAGACUGAAUCCACUGUAAUAGAAGCCAGUUCACCUGAAGAAGGCAGCCCUUCUGACUCGAAUGUACGCGAUCAAACCUUUUCUGAUCUCUUGGAUUCAGAUGACAUCAAUCGCGAAAGCCUAGAGGAUGAGUUUGAAAAGUUGGCUGCUGAGAUGAGCCUCUCUCCAAAGGCAGAAGAGGCACUAGUACAUAAACCAGAAUCCACCAUGACAACUGUUCCUUCUGAUGCCAUAACUUACCCUGUCUCUUCUUCUAUUAUUUAUCCCUCCAAAACUCCUGAUGCCUUACAGGCCACACAACGGGAACCAGAUGUGGGAGUGGUGUUUACAGAGCGUAAAGAGUAUGGGGGCGGGGUGAAGCCAUCUGCAGAGACGACAGGCGGACACUCGCACAUAUCACCUUCACCUGUUCCUCAUCCUUCCCAAUCCUCAUCCCUUACCACAGACCAAAAGAAAGCCCCAAGCACUAAACCAGUAUCUCAGGAGGAGGGGCAGCGACCCCCUGAUGAUAGUACUACUCCAAGUCGACCAACAAGACGGCAUGAACGAACAUUUUCUCAAGCAAGUAAUAUAUAUACUGGAGCCAUUCCAACUGAGACUAAACAAGAGGGAAAGAAAGCAGAUAAAGAAACUAUUCCAGAAGAAGUAGAUGGUGUUAGUGAAACCAUCAAACCAUAUUCAGAAAGAAAACAAUUUUGGGAGAGUGUUACAGGCCAAUCAUUUGAAGCCAAAGGCACUCAGUUGAUCAAGACAGAAACUGAAAGUGACACUGACACAACAGGUACAGAUGGCACAGUAGUGGAGCAACGGAUUCCAGAUAAGAAACCAUCUGUAGGAGAAAGUUCUGAUUCGGAAGCCGAAUAUUUAGCUCACAGGGAGAAGCCAGCUUUUUAUGAAAAUCAAGCAUUCAUAGGCACAGAGAAGAUUGAUGUUCCCAAGGAGGGUGAUAGAGAUGGAGCUGUAAGUCCAUUUGAAGUUCGCCGUAGGGUAGAAAGUCAAGACUUGCCCUCACCUGAAGAUAUAGCAUUUAAAGAUGUGUCUUCCAAGAGAGCACUCUUUGAAAAGGAAAUCAAAAGACAGUCCAUGGAGAUUGAGGAAAGUCAGUCAUGGAAACGAUCAUCAAAAGAGUAUGACGAGACAGUCGUCAUUUCUGAGGAGUCAGCAUCCAGCACACUUCAGAAGAAAGAAGAGAGGAAACAAACAUUGGAGGAAACAGUAGAGAGUGAUAAGGAUCUCUCUAAAAUGAAGAAAGAAACCAGAGAGGAUAUUGUAUCAAAAACAGAUUUUGAGAAAGUCGAAAGUGAGCAGAAGAAGGAUAAAGUUAGCAAGAAAGAUGAUGUAUCAGAAAUUACAGAAUCCUCAAAAUUACUCAAAGAAAAAAUGCAAGUAAAGGAGAAAAAAUCACUAUCUGAAGUUAGUAUUGGUGAUAGCAAGGUAGUAACUCAGACUGACUUGUUAUCAGAAAAGAAAGAGAAAGAAAGCACAGAGAAAGCAGGAAAAGUAAGCAUGGUUGACAAGAAGGUGAUAUCCCAAACAGAUAUUUCUAAAGAAAAAAUAGAGAAAGAAGUUUUAGAGAAAGCAGAGGAAGUAAUCCAUGAGAGUAGAGAGAAUGAAGGUGGAAUUUUAUCAAGAACAGUUUCCAAAUCAGAAGAGAAAGCAGAAAGCUUAUCAGAAGCCAGAGAAACAAUCCAGACAAGAUCCACAGAAGAUCAGGAUACAUCUCGAGAUGAGAUCACUGAAGAAGAUAUGACAAGAACUGAGGAAACAUCAGAAGAAGAGGCAGACGAAUUGAUGACGAAAGAAAAAGUAACUGUAAAUGUAACAGAGGAGACUCGACAACUCGGAGACACUCAUGAGACUGUAGUACGAGAGACAACCACCACACGAGAUGGUGAGCAGGAACAAAGAAUCAUCAAAGAGACCAAAACCCAGCAGACUGUGAUGGCUGAUGGGUCCACAGUCAAGACCACUUCAAUUACCACCUUCACAACACAACUGGAUACAAAAGAGACUGACGAGUUUACAAAGGAGAUGACUGAUGAAACAUCUGCAUCCGUACCUGAAGAGAAGGAUGUAUAUAAAACUAUGACAGCAAAAGAGAAAUCUGAAGCCUUUGUAGAACAACGCAUGAAGUCGGACAUUUUUUCUCAAGAGCUUUCUUCCUCAGCAGAGGAUCAGAGCCCUGAACACAAGGUUAUUACUCCCAAGGAAACUGGAGCUCCAGUCUCUUUACAAGCAAAAACUGAUGAACAUCCACUUACUAGUCCAAUUAGAGUACCAGAGGAGAGUGUCCAGGAAAUUGUAUGGGAAGUAUCUCAGGAGAGGUCAGAAACAGUUUUAUCUGAGACUGUAGAAGACAUUCCAUCACAUCAACCCAUUGAAUCUCACCAGGUGAAGGAAAUUCCACGAGAGGAACAGAAAAAGCCAACAAAACCACGAAGGAAAUCAUCUGGCUCUACUGAAGGUAGAUUGAGUGAAGAAGAGGCACGAAAACUUGCCAUAGAAAUUGUUGAAGAAGUGAAAAUGGAAGCUGUUAAAAGAUCACCCAUUGCACCGCCAGCAGAAGAGUUUGGAGAAAGUGAUGGAGCUGCCAAACCGCCAUUUCCAAGACCUAGUCCAGAAUCAGCCUUUACUGAAGAAACAACCACAAAAAUUGAAAAAUACAUCCAAGAACAAUUAGGAGAUGAUGUUGAUGAGAAACAGCUCAAGUUAAUUGAAUCUGUUACUGCCAGAAAAACAGAGAUGUUGCACAAAAAGAUGAUUGGAAGUGAAUACCAGCAUAGCAUGGAAAUUACCGAUGAAGAUCUGCGAUCCAGUGGAGCUGAACUCUCACCCAUCGAACACCAAAUGGAGAGGCUCCGCCAAAUGACUGAAGAAGAUGAUACCCAACGAUAUGCCAGAGAACCUUCUGAGGCAGAUGAGAGUGAGAGCUCCAUAAUCAUUCACGAGACUGCAGAUGACGUCAUGUCAAGUGAGUAUGAUCAGGCAAACCAAAUGAUCACAAAGACAUUAGAUGCCUUGAAAACUGCAGAACUAGAGAAGGUAGAAAGGCCAAUAGACACAAUUAAAGAAGUGCCAGAAACAACUGUACUUACAGCUGUCACAGAAACAAGAGAUGUGACAGUUGCAGAAAAAACUGAUUUUGCUAAAUUGACCAAGCUAGAAGUCCAAGAGACUGCUAGACAGCUGGUUAAGGAAGUAACAGAGAAAGCCCAAGAAUCAGAAGCAGUGAGGCAGGCAUCUCUCACAGCAGCAGAACUCCGUCAAGGUUCUGGAAGUCGGGAGCACAGUCGUACACCAAGUCCAAAGCCAGGUUCCCGAAAAGGUUCUUGGAUGGAUGACGAGGAUCUGCGACGUGAGUUCCGUAGAGAUUAUGAAGACAAAAAAAAAAUGUUCAAAGAGGAAAUGACUUCUGAUAAAGAUGUUUUCGAGGAAGGGUCUGCAAAAGAAUCAAAGGAAAUGAAAGUAUCACAACAGAAGAGUAGUGACAGAGAAGUUCACAUGGAGUCAAGCAUGACAGAGAGCAUGGAAGAGUCAAGCACAGUUGAAAGUGUACGUUCUAUAGAAGGUAAAAUCAGAGCAGAGGUCAUUACAUCUGUAGUGAAGGAGGUCAAGGAAGUUGAGACUGAAAAAAAGGAAGAAGUUGUUAUGAGAAAAAAGGGUCAUGUUGAAGAGUUUAACCGAAGAUCAGGUACAGAUUUCGACGCUUGCUCUAGUUCUGGAGAAAGCCACUAUUUCACAGCAGCUGAAGGCACUUCUGAUAGCCGCACUGGAAGCAGACCAUGUUCAUCUGAUGUAGAAGCACUCAUUUCUGAGCGGACCACAGGCACCUCUGAAUAUGAUACUGCACUCACUUCACAAGAUGCUUCACAAUAUUCAUCAUAUUCAAAUUCCUCACAAGAUUAUCGUACAGCAGCCAGCUCAAUAAGUUCUAGGGAUUCAAUGAAAUCCAUUGAUUCUGAGAGUUCUGGCCAUCUUGCUAGCUUUGAACUAAGUGAAGCUUCAGAAACCUUAGUACCCUCUGCAGCUGAGUUAGAGAAAGAUAUGGAUCUUCUUGACCAAGAUGUGGCUGAUGAAGAGAUCUCUCAUUCCCACCAUACUGUCAUCCCACAACUAACAAUUCAGUCUGACACACCAAAAUCUGAGGAUGCACCAGGAUCCUUUGAAGUUGAAUCAGAUGAUGCUGAAUUUGAACAAGAUGGCAAAGAUGCUGAUAGUUAUACUACAUCUAAAAUGAAAAGAUCUAUUGAAAUGACAUUUUAUCCAGAACCCAUACCCCUAAGCACAGAUAAGAAAGGUAGUGUAACAGAAAGUGUAGCUUCAAGUUUAGAAGAGAGUACUGUUUCAGAGGUUUCAAUGGCCACUGUGGUAGAACAGGAUAAAAGCAUGCAGGGGUCUACCACCACCGACUCUAACAUGACAGCAUCAAGUGUAUCAGAGCAGAUGGUGUCAUCAGUCGGUCAGGAUUUUGAUCAUCAGGUAACUUGUACAGACAGUGGAGUUUUGACAACAGAUACAGGUGAUGGAGACAUGACCUUGCAUUCUGUUACCAUUACUGCAACAUCAGUUCCACCUUCAACAGAUGACCAGAGUACAGCUUCAAUGUGUACUCAGGUGACAUCUGAAACCCGUGCUCAAGUAGAAUUAACAGAAAGUGAGCAGUUUUUUCGCGCUAAUGGACCCACUGAAGUAGAUUAUGUGCCUGAGUACGACGAUGAGGAAGUACAAGGUGCGCGGCCAGCUGUAGCCCCUACUGUACCUGCUUUUCAAGAAGCUGCAGGAGCUAUAGCUGGCCCUUCAGAGGGCCCACAGAAAGUUGUCAUUGUUGAAGAAUGUUACGAAACCGAAGCCGAUCAAGAAUAUGGCCAAAUGAUGAGAGAGAGUGAAUACUCAGAACUGGCAGAGGCUGAGCUUCAGUAUUCUCUAGAAGAACAACCUGAAGCAGAGAUGAGUAGUAUGUUAGUGAUUGAAGAGCCAAUUGAACGGCCAAGAACACCAGAACCUGGCUUUAUACCCUCAUCCCGUCCUACUUCUAUGAUCAUCCAAUCUCCUGAAGAACCUGAAGAAUUCACUGAAGUAGAUAAAAGGUUUAGUGCUGUAUUUUCUACUACUUAUGAAGAGAGAGAUGAAGGUAGUCGUUCAUCAGUUUCAGAUAUGACGAGUAUAGGUGUACCAGACAUAACUGUCACAGAGCAUACCUUACCUAUGCCAAGUCAGUAUUGUUAUCCAGAUCUUGAACGUGAGGAGGACUUUCCCGAGUGUCGAGCACUAGCAGAAGCAGAAGACCGAGGACCGGAUAUUCCAGCUACUCCGGGAUCUCAGGAGUCUGCAUCUACUUGUGCUUCACGCAAGUCAUCCUCAACUGACUCGGAGCAAGGGAGAGAGUAUUGCUUAGAUGACAUGGCACACGGCCCAUCAUUUGGGUCUUUUGAAAUGGUGGAGGCUGACGAAAUUGAUGAUUUUUCAGAAUAUGAACGAACACUAUACAUGCAUGAAGAACGCAUGAUAGAAAUGUCACAAAUCAAGGAAGAAGAUGAAGAUGAAGUUGAAGAAGAGAGACGUCUAAGUAGCUCUCCAAUACCAAUUCCAACUCAGUUAAAGGCUGUCAAGAUCGACAAUUCUAACACACCUAGUGAAUCUCAGGCUAGUGAUGAGACAGAAGACCCAGAUGAGACUGGCGAUCCAUCCAUUGAAGAACAGAGAAGGUGGCUAGAGCUACAGUUUGAGGAGAGUGAUGCAGCCAACUAUGAAUACCAGCAAACUGGCUUCAUAGAACAUGUAUACUCUGGUCCUCUUGAGGAUAUUGAAGAAGAGAGGGAAGAUGCAGAACGGAGAGAUCUUUCACACAUCACAAAGAACUCAUCACUCUCAUCAACUCCAGAAUAUGAUGUUCUGGCUGGUAGGAAAUUUUUCACUCGCAGUGGAGAACACGAUGAUGUUUCCAUGACUUCCCUACAGGAAUUUGAAAACCUUGAACAACAAGUUGCUGUUGAAGCUAUAGCAAGGAGAGCUAGUUCAGGUUCACAGGAAUCUUUAAAUGGUAAGAGACCAGAGAGUAAGAGUGGGCAUGGUGAUGAUAUAUCUGUGGGGUCUUUUGCAUCACUCCAAGAAUUUGAACGUCUAGAAAAAGAAUGUUUAAUUGUCGAACAAAUAGAGAAGAAAGCUCAGGAAGAAGCAGCAAUGCUUUCAGAGAUAGAGGAGGGGCACGAAAGCCAAAUGUCAGAAUCUGAAAGUUGUGAGACACUCUCUGAACCUGGACGUGCUUCAGUUGAGGGUGAAGAGUAUGACCAGAGAUUGUUUGAGAUAGACGAAAUUAUACGCCAGGCACAAGAUAAUGUAGAGAAGUUUGAUAAAAGUAAGGCGGAAUACCAAGGUGUGAGACUGCAAGAUAUUGUGAGUGUAGAUGGAUCUGGUUCAGGUAGCAGCCAUGCUGAUCGCACUCCAAGUGUAGGUCGUGAAGAAGGUGAUGCAGACUCCUUAGAAGAGGCACAGCUGCCAGAAUUAGAUCUUGAUCAGACUGGUGUUACGAGUUUAGGAAGCUCGGCCAAACAGGAUACCAUGAGUAUGAGUGCAGACAGUAUUGAAGCAGCUCCCAAGCAUAAGGUACCUCGUGAAACAAGUCAGGAUUCUUUAGAAAAGGCAGACGCUCGUUCUUCUGACCCCAUGACUACUAGUGUAGAUAGUAUUGAGUUUGUGAGUCGUCAGGAUGUUAUGACUACUAGUACGGACUCCAUAGAGGCCCGGAGAAGACGUCCAGAUGCAAUGAGUGCAUCCACAGAUUCCAUUGAACCCAGCAGGCGUGAUAUCAUGGCCACCAGUAUAGAUAGUUUAGGCAGGGAUGAUUCUAGUGGUAGAGAUGCAGAUAUCAGUUCAGGAAGUGAGCAAGUGAGGCCUCUGCCCAGGGAUGGUGGAGUGAUGGAGUGCAGUCUGGAGUCCUUGGAACCCACUUCAUCCCAGGCCACACAUGCAACUUAUCAAUAUGAUACAGACUCUAUUAUGUCAGGCUCCUUCACUAGUGGAUGUUCCAACACCCUUGUUGCAUCAACAGAUGAUUUUCCUGAUAUGAUGACCUCUUCCAUGUACAUUCCAGAAGGUGAAUUGCCACCAGAAAGUGAAGAGCAGUAUAUCAGAUAUAUGCAGGCCAGUGGUGGCACAGCAACUGAAAUAGUCCAACCAACAAGUGAGGAAGGUUACUCGCAUACUGUCACACGUGUAGUUAGACUACAGCCAGAGGCAAAACAGAUAACCUUUACAGGACCUGACGCUCAAAAGAAAAUGGAAGAAUACAUGCAAAGUUUUAAUGCUGGAGAACAUACCACCCAGGAGGAAGCAGUAGAUGCUCAGGGCAAUGUCCAUAUCCGUCGUGUAACACAAAAACGUAUAGUAACAGAUCCAAAGGAAACAAAAGAACAUGGAUUUUCUGUGGCAGAUCCAAGUGUAGAGGAGCUAGAAACCCGUGAUGAGCACGGUAAUGUAACACGUAUUGUGAAACGAACUGUUGUCACCACACAUACAGUUGAAGUCGAUCUAGAUACUGGUGAACCAAUAGUGCAGCCUCCUCCUACCACUGUCUCCUCCACAGCCGCAUCCUUCUCCUCCCGUAUUCCUCGUCCAGUUACCAGUCCUCCUCUAGCCUCCCGGUCACCCCCUCCUGGUCCGCCCCCUGGGUCGCGCGGCCCCCGUGAGCCCGUCCUCCCCUCCCUGGAGCCCAACACAGUCUCAGGUGUAGGAGUCGAUGAGAUGAGCAGUGUGAUGGAGAGUUACACCAGUGAUGGUAGUGACCCCAUAACCACCACCCAUACCACCAGGAUCAUCAGGAGGACGGAAGUCGAAGACGGGGAAGUGAGGGAAGACAUGUAUGAAGAAUACUGAAGAGGAAGACAUCCGCAAGAGUUUAUUAAGGAGGGCUUUGAGAAGGAAGCAACUUAACGAGUGUGAAUUCCUCUCAGUCCUCCUUAUGCGCCCAUCUGCCUUCCUGCCUACCCUUAAAACUGCCAUCACUCCACUACCAACACUACUCCACUGUCAACGCCACGACCUGUAUUGUCUUUCCGGGUCCUCCAACAUAUCCAUAAUAAGGAUUUUAUUGUGAGGCCUUAAGUUAUCCUCACAUACAUGUCCAUUGAUCCGCUCUUCAGUCCCAGUUGUAAUAGAUGGCUUUACCCUACACAUAUAGUCCACCUAACUUACAUUUUGUUUCUGAUAUCUGGAGAACACUAUCCUCUAGUACCAAUAGGGAAUUUUUGAAGAAAAGGUCAGUGGUUCAACUGUAGUUUAUGACAUGUCGGUUGUCAGAGGAUCUAGUCAGGACCGAUAACGCUCGAGAGAAAUUAAAGAUUUUUUAAUGUUAUGAGUGAGAAAUUUUAAUGUUUGUGACCUUUUAUUGUAAUAACAUGAUCAAGUAGUGUUGUCAGCUAAAAUGUCCUUUAUUCAUUUAUGAGUUACAUCAUAUAAUUUCAUUGAAAGCCAUUUUUGAAAGAUGUCCACGAAUGAUCACACAUUUGUAAAGGUGCACACACCCUAUUUGAGCUGUCAAGGUGUUUUUAGGUUAAGUGCCGUUCUCCCUGUGACGUGGCGUGUUUCAUCCUAGUAUGACACUGAUUAAUAUUGUUAAGAAUACUUAUUGCCGAAGACAUGUCAUGUAUUAUAACUAAACCUGUAGCCACGGGACGAGACAUAGGAGGUUUCAAUAGCAGCUAUGUAAUCAUUUUACUAUUCCGGCUCUUAGAUUGGUAGAGUGUUACUAUUGUGGCUUAUGAAACAUCCAGUUAUGGGCAUGUUGAAUGUAAGAUAGCUAUAAUAUUUCCACAUAAGAUUCGUGUAACACACCCACAAAAUAUAUCUCAUUUGUAAACAACUUGUGGCGAGAUUGAUUACUGCGAGCCUGGGAUGGGGUCUAAAUAUGGCUUAAAUAGGAAAGUAAACUGUAUAGUCACCUAGCAUAAAGGUCAAAAUCGCAGCUUUCGUCAUACUUGUUACCCUCAUGGUCAUAAGUGGAUGAAAAAAAAUAUGAUAAUGCCUUAGCACCUAUUCCUAGAUACUCUCUGGCCAUCAGUUGUUAUUAUCUUUCAUUCUUUUGAGUUGGUCUUGACUUAGGCUGGACCAAGUGACAGGGAAGAGGUCUACCCUAUGUUAGUAUUUGAAAGGCCUGUUCCCAGUCCUCCGGGUUUAAUUCAAGACUUGGUAGCUCCGAAUAUUGUGGUCACUUAUCAAGUUUUCAAUAAAUGCUUAAUGUGA